AUGGCCCUUUUCGUGUUUCUCCUUCUUUUUGCCCUAAUAUCAGAAUGCGAGUCUGCGGCAAGUACUCCGGAUCAGGUGCACAUUUCAUUCACUGGCGACAUGACAGAAAUGGCAGUCACUUGGAACACUUUCGAUCAAGGUUAGCCAGGACCGCUAUGUUGAAUGAAAAUGUUGUAUUUUCCUAGCUUCCCAAGACGUAACAUACAAUAAAAAAGGCUCCAGCUCAAUCUCAACUGCAAAAGGCGCCGUGGAGCAGUGGAUUUACGGAGGAGUCACUCGCUACAAGCACACGGCGACCAUGACUGGAUUGGAAUACGCCACCGAGUACGGUACGCUAUUAAAAGUUAUUGUACUCAGGGAAAAAGGCGUCUGCACCGAAUUGACACCUUUUCUUCCUGAUUAAGUUUAAACAAUCUACUUCAAUUUCAGAAUACGCCAUAGCCAGCCGCUCAUUUUCGUUCAAAACCCUAUCGAAAAAUCCGCAAUCGUACAAAGUUUGCGUGUUCGGAGAUCUCGGAUACUUUCACGGAAAUUCGACCGAAAGCAUUAUACGGCACGGGCUCGCUGGCGAUUUUGAUUUUAUUGUGCACUUGGGCGACAUUGCUUAUGAUUUGCACACGAACAAUGGAGAAGUCGGAGACAAUUAUUUGAAUGUGUUCGAGCCGCUCAUUUCGAAAGUAAGCUCUUUUCCGUCUAUAAAUACCAGAGUUGCCACGGGCCGGGCCGUGCCGGUUCAAAAAGCGGGAAUCCAAAUUUUGAACUAUUGAUUAAAUAAAAUGUUUUUUUUCGUAGAACUAACGAAUUUUGCAAGUAUCGAGCAUAAAAAAGAAAUGUAGUUCUCAAAAAUAGUUUUUAUUGGCAUCAAAGUUUUUUUUUUUAAUUUUGACCCCCACAAAAAAAAACGAAAAAAUAGAUUUCCCCCCAAAAAUUUGAAUUCGCGCCUUUUGAGCCGGGCCGACCGGGCCGGGCCGGCCCGUAAUUCUGAUAAAUACAGCAGCUUCUUGAGCCCAGUUUUACAGAUUCCUUACAUGGUUAUCGCUGGAAAUCACGAAGACGACGGCCAAAACUUCACCAACUAUCAAAAACGUUUUUCGGUCCCUUCGAACGGCCUGAACGACAAUCAGUUCUACAGUUUUGACCUUGGGCCAGUGCACUGGGUCGGUGUGAGCACAGAGAAUUACGGAUAUUAUUACACGUACGGAAUGGAUCCAGUGAUGACCCAAUACGAUUGGCUCAAGAAAGAUCUCACAGCCGCCAAUGCGAAUCGACACGCCACGCCGUGGAUCUUCAGUUUUCAGCAUCGACCAUUCUAUUGUAGUAAUGUGAAUUCGGCAGAGUGUCAGUCAUUCGAAAACCGAUUGGUUAGUAUCACAAAAAGGUUAAAGCGACAUUAUGAUCUUUGAAAAUUAGGUUCGCACGGGAUGGCUCGAUAUGCCCGGAUUGGAGCCGCUCUUCUUACAAAACUCUGUAGACUUUGGCUUCUGGGGGCACGAACACUCGUACGAGAGAUUCUAUCCGGUUGCAGAUAGGACAUAUUGGAACGAUGUUAGUUUUUCACGUCAUUCGACACCAUAAACAUUCUUUCAGCCCAACGCCUACAUAAACCCUAAAGCGCCAGUGUACCUAAUCAGUGGUUCUGCCGGCUGUCACACCCCGGACGCCUGGUUCACCGAUCAGCCGUGGCCGUGGAGUGCCGCCCGUAACAACGAUUACGGAUGGUCGGUGGUCACUGUUGCCAAUCAGACACACAUCCGCGUGGAGCAGAUAUCAAUCGAUAAGAAUGAGCAGACUGUAGACGACUUUUGGGUGAUUAAGGACGUCGGAUACACGCAUUCGAGCGACCUGCGGAGGGCCACUAAUGGCAAGAAGUUCCCGGUUCAAAAGUGCCAUGUGAAAGAUGUGGCGUGUCAGAGAUCCUUGAAAGAGAUCAAUGAGGAACUUUAG